AUGUCGAAACCAACUGACUUCUACACCCAGCUUAUGGAAUUUACCAAUGUGUAUGGCGUUAAGCUAAUUGUAUUCUCGCUGAUGGUUGGCGGCGUCGUCGGAUGGAUUAGCCAUUACUUCAUGAAUGUGAGACCAAUGAGGAAAGCUCUUAAACGCGAACAAGAGAUUGCUGAAAAAGAGGCUUCCGAGCGAAAGGAGAAAUCUCGAAUUCGCACCGGAGAUGAGUUGAAAGAUUCGCUGUUCAAUGACGAGGGCAAAAUUAAUACGUCCAAUAUCCGCACGAGAAAUCGCGUUGCGUUUAAUCCGGAAGUUGAAGAGCGAUUCGAUGGAGGUCAAUGUUCGAAGGAGACCAACGGACAUCGAACAGAGAAUAGUGAUUCGGAAGUGAGCGAUGAGGAAGAGGAGCAAAUGCCGCAAAUCAAUAAUCGCAAAGUGAUGAGCUCGUCGACAAGAAAAGUGUCCAUUUCUGCUGAUGAGGAUCGUCCGCUUGAUAGUGACCGGAUCUCGCAAACCCUUGGAAGACUUCAUGGAAAAUUGGCGACCGCUCAACUGAAGGCAAAAACAAGACGAAUUGAAGCCGAAAUGACAGCUGCCGAGCGCGAGCAGGAGCGUAUUGCCAAGGCCCAACAAAUGGAAUCGAUUAUGAAUUUGAUGAUGGAAAAUAAGGAAAUGUUUGGCAUGGAUAACGAGGAGGACAUCAAGGAGCAACUCAAUUUGUACAAUUUCUGA